GUGUGUGUGUGUGUGACGUGCCCAGAAGAACGCUUCGGCUUUAUCAAUAUUCCAAACUCCUCCCAGGCAGUGUGACGUUUCAAGGAGAAUGUCUUCAAUUCCUUAGUUCCAGACAUGGCAGCCCUGAGAGAGGAUCGUCGAUACGGGCUCUCCUGCGGAAAAAUUAAUAAAAACACCCCGAAUAAAACACUUUACCACGUCAAGCUCACCGACACCGCAAUCAGGGCACUCGAGGCAUAUCAGAAUCUCAAGGGUUCCUUACCAAAUCAGCCUGUUAUCUGCUUCCAGGGGAACCAAGGGUACAUCAAGAUUCCAGCUCCUUCCUCGGACUCUCCCGGCGCUCUGCGAUUGUUCUCUUUCUACCUGUCCAGUGAUAGCAAAGAUAAACCUCAGGCCAGCUUUGACUGCAUCCACCAGUAUGUUAAUGGCCUGGGUCGAGAGCAGCUGGAAAGCCAGGGCAGUAUUCAGGAUAAGAUCACGGUAUGUGCCACUGAUGACUCCUACCAGAUGACCCGGGAGCGAAUGUCCCAGGUGGAGAAGGAGACGUGGAGCCGGGCAGCUAUAGAAAUCAAGCCAGGAUCGACCUAUCGAAGUAAAUGUGUUAAAGUUCAGAAGAGGCACGGCCCAGCUCCGGUGUUGGACAGCUUUCCUUUCCGUAAACACUCUCCUCCGAGUCCCGUGCUGGCUGUGAAGAGGAGCAGCACCUCCAGUAUUGUCCCUCAGAGAACUCUCCGAGACCGCAUCAUUCACCUGCUGGCCUUGAAGCCGUACAAGAAACCGGAGCUGAUCCUGUGGCUGGAAAGGGAAAAAGCCAACCCAAAGGACAAAGCUGACCUGGCCCCUGUGUUAGAUGCAGUUGCAAAGGUAAACUCUAAGGAGAACAGCUACACUCUAAAAGAUGAGUACUAUAAGCAUGUGCAGAGGGACUGGCCCGGCUACACUGAAGAGGAAAAGCAGCUUCUUCACAGGCUUCUAUUGAGGAAGCUGCAGCCAACAAACAUUAGCCAACCCAGGAGUUUCCAGUCAAAGCAACCAUUCCACAAGUCCUCUGGGGAUUCUCCUUCACACUGCAGCCCUAUCAAGAAUCCUGCAGUGAAACGCCCAGUGCCUUCAGAUCCCCCGGAGAGUCUUGCAAACAAGAAACAAAAAGUAUUGGAUCAGAACUUGCAUCAGCCAAUCACAAAUGGACUUCGCACGCCUCCAGCCGCACACGGUACUACUGCCACAGUGAACUCCAGUCUACAUGUAAAAACGGAAUUUCAGAGGACAAGCAAUGUUUGCGAGAGCCAAAACGGCUUCCUUCCACAGCACAGCUAUGGCGAUUCUAGCGUCACAAACAAAAGCCAGGAGUACCAGGACCUCAAGCCAGCACAGUUGAACUCUUUACGGACCGAGUACUCGCUCAAAGAGGACGAGGAGAUCUCCGGCAGCCAGCACAAAAAGAAGAAGUCCAAAAAGCAUAAAGAGAAGGAGAGGGAGAGGUUGAAAGAGGAAGGGGGGGAGAAUGCGUGGCCUGAAAGGAGCCCUGAUCUCAAGCACAAUCAGGAGAAUCUCAAAGAACGUGCAAAUACACCCAUCACUCCUUCCACCCCAGCAGGAAUACCUGACUAUUUGGUAAAAUAUAACACAAUAACAACUCCAGAACAGCGUCAGAACUACAAAGAGGACUUUUGCGACGAGUAUGAUGAGUACAGAGACCUCCAUGCGAGGAUAGGGAGUGUGACUGAGCAGUUUGUACAGCUGGGAUCCAAAAUAAAGACCCUGUCCCCGGGGACACAGGAAUACAAGGUUAUUGAAGACCAAAUAUUUGGGGAAUACAGGAACUAUAAGAAGAAAUGUCCUGGCUAUUGGGAAGAGAAGAAGCGAUGCAAGUAUUUGCACCAGAAGCUGUCGCACAUUAAGAGCCUAAUACUUGACUACGACAAAAACCACAUGCCUUUGUAAAUCCCAGCACCAGCAACUGAAAUGGACCAAAACACUGCUCCAGGAUACCUGACUACUGUGACUUCUAUACUACGUG